CGGUUAAUCAAUCAGUCAAGCGAAUCAAUUGUUGUCAUUGGUCGUGUACGUGGUUCACCAAACAAAUAUUUUUAUUUAUUGUUUACUAAAAUCUUACCGUUAUUUAAAAAAUAAAACGGAUAGUUUUAACAUCUCUGAAACUUUGCAAAUUCCAAUUAUGUACAGUAUGCUUUUUAAUUGACCAACGCGAGUGUCCGAGUGCCCGCCGUGGGUGAUCCAGGGUGUAAUAUUGUGAAUGCAUGUAUAGGAUUCCGUAACCAGUUCUUUUGGUUUUAAUUUAAAUGGACACAGUUUUUAGUAAAACAUUGACAGUAACUUAGUGUCAUAUCAGCAGACGUCGAUGGAUUUUUAGAAGUAUUUUCAUUUUUCGCUUUAUUGAUGGCAGUUGCUUGAGCUUGGAGCGGCUGACAAGAUGAUGGUGGAAACCAUCCUCGAGUCCUCGCAGGACUUUGGCAUGUCCAACGGAUCGCUACCACAAUGGAAGCGCGAGCUGCUGCAGCGUCGAGCCGCACGCUCUCGCGUAGUCGCUCCGCCUGCCGCGCCGCCUCCCCCGCCCCCUCCGCCUCCACCUCCCGCUGACGACGAAGACGAGGAACUGCGGUACGGGCCGGGCAUCGUUAAGCGCCUCAAGUCCCGGUAUCUCAGUCUCGCCCUACGAGAUGCUCCCCGUCGUCGACCCUCGGUGUUGCGGCGCGCCACUUCCCUCGAGCAUUUGCUGGACGAGCGGCCCCCGCCCACGCCCGCGCCUCGCCCCGUACCUUUGCACUGUAGACCUCCACGCCCCGUCUCCGUGGCGGCUCCUCCUGUGCAUCGCCUACCGACCUCUCGCCGAGACUCUGUGAAACGCGCCCGCUCUGUAGAUGCACUCAGCAGACUCGAUCGUGACGAGCCUCCGCCGCCAUCUCCGUCACCGCCGCCGCCGCCACUUUGCCCUCGUCCGACUACAAACCGCACCGCUCGCCCCCCGCGCCGCCCCACACCCUUGCUCCGAGAAACCGAACGCCCUCCGCCUGAUCUCGUUCGCUCGACCCUGCGAAAGUUCGAAAGCACCCCGACGCGGCGUAUACAACCUGCAGUUAGGGUCUCGGCAGUGCUGAGGGGUCUCGAGACGCCGCCGCGAACUUCUACACCAGAACCGGCUCCUACAAAAGAUCAACAGCACCCUAAGGAGAUUCCGCCGCGCUCGCCGAGUCCGCCGCUACCAGUUCAAGAAGAACUUCUCGUUCCGGAAGAAACCGAAUCCCACAAUGAAGAAAAACCUCCAGGUGCACGACUGGUAUCCCGCACUGCUCUCGAGGAGAUCGCUCGGGCAGGCUCGAGCACCCGCUACUCGUUUGAAGCUCCGCGUGUUGGCUCGCACCUACCACCUCUAGCUGCCACCAACCCUGUUCUGGUCGGAAAAGCCCGACGCAUCGGAGUCAUCCGACCGAUGCCCGCACUUUCUUUGAACGACGAUAGAGUGACAUCUCCGGCGCCGUCAUCGGUCUCAGAUGAGCCAGCUUCAAAAAUAGAAGAGAGCCAAGUCGCGGCGACCCCACCGCCUCCAGAGAGCGAGCAGACUGUGCAACUUCGUCCCGACAAAAAAGAACCGCCCCCUUCAGCCAUUGUAGAACCCAUUCCUCGCGCGCUCCUCGAGCCGGCUCGCGUUCCUUCCCCGCGACCUCAAUCCCCUAUAACCUUGGAGCGAUCCGAGAUGGUGACAUCGUCGCCGCUGAUGAACGGACACUCUACCGGUGGACAGAAGCCACAUAGUCCAGCAUCGAAGAUCGGUUCUGCGGGCAUCGAGCGAGCGUGGAGCGGGUCCGCGGAGAGCGCCAGUCCGGCCGCCGGCGCGGGCCCGUGGGGAGCGCAGCGCAAGACGCGCGCGCCGCCGCCGUCCACUACGUCCGUCGUCUUCAACUUCUCCGACCGGAAAGAAGUACCUGAUUACAUUGAAAAUGACGGUAUCAUCCUCCGCGGGAGCCGCAGAAACAGGAUCAAGGCGGGCGAGCCCGGCAUAGUGGUGCUUAGACCUGAAGCCCUCACCCGCACCGAGUCGGAGGAGGAGGACGAGGCAGACUGCGGCCCGCCCUCGCCCUGCGGAGUACGCUUCGUCAACGACAACGUGCUCAUCAACGGGAAGUCUUCGAUGCCGAACAAACCUAACAGAGACAGGAUCGCUAAGCUGAAGCUACAAUUUGACGACUCGCUAACCCGCACGUUCGAGUAUCCUUCAGAGACGUCGAUGUGCGAGGAGUCCCCGGCCCCCGCCCCCCUCGCGGCCUCCGCCCCCCUCGCGUCCCUCGCCGACAACACGCACAUAGCAUCCGGCGCGCUGUGCAGCUACACGCCCAGCAAGACGCCGCCCGCCACCUUCCAGCUCGGGCUCACGAGGCCUCACGACGAGGACGCGCCGUCGCCCCCCUCCCCGCCCCCCUCCCCGGCCCCCUCCCCCGCCCCCUCCCCGCCGCAUUGCUGGACGCGCGCGCGCAGCCUGUCCGCCGACCUGCUGUUCUAGUCCCGCGCCCGCUGCUGUCCCCGGGCGCAGUGCCACGACUGAUCAAUUGUGAACUAUAAAGACGUUACGUUAAAUAAUAUUAUAUGAACACUCUCGAUGGGUCACUUGUUCGACUACAAAAUAUGAAAUGAUAAUCUAUUUGAUCUAUGUUAAGUAUUUACUACAACAUGUAUCGCAUUAUGAGUCAUGACAGGAACAUGCUAACAUUAGUUUUUAAAUUUAUUUCAAAAGUAUCGUUAUAUGUACGCGAAUAUCAAUUAUUUAUAUUUUGUUGAUGACCACGGGCUACUGUAUCUUUUAGCCUAAGUUUGUUUAUUUAUUUUCAAUAAUUCACUCCGCGAAGUAUAGCGGUGGGAAAGUACGGAGGACAGGUCCAUUGAAGUCCCCUCCGCGCGCCCCUCGGUGCAUUCCUGAUGGGCGGGCCCGGCCACUCCAACCUCUCUUUAUAUUAAUGUUUAAUGUUCAAUCGAACCGCUGACUCUCCCACUGUCCCCCGCCCAGCGCUGCAGCUGCUCAAUUAAUUAAUUUCCAACAUAACCAUGUAGUCGCUUGGGCUCAGUGGACUAGUGCGGGGGCCUCGUCCACUCGCACGGGCUCAUCUUGUGAUAGAGGAGCUGUCCUUGAUGAUGCAAUACUAACUAUACAAUAUGGUUCUUAAUACAAUACAGUCAUACUCAUACAUGUACAGUCAGGAAAAACAAUAAAAAAUUUAAAAAAAAAUGAGAUUUUGAUGUUUAAAUUUACUAUUUCUAUUAUUGAGAUGAAUCGCGACUGAUAAAGUAUUUUUGUAAUUAACAUUUUUGAUAAUUGUAAUCUGUAGGUAUUUUUAAUCCUAUGCUAUAGGUUCUUAUGUGUCGUAUAUUAAGAUGAUAUCUGGUCUAAAAUUACGGCGAAAUGUAGAUUUGUAGAGGAGACAGUUAUUGCAGGAGCUGCGUCAGUGCAGCCGAUGUCACACUGGUACUGUCUCCUCGCUCCGUGGAUCAUUCCUGAUAAAUUUAUACUGAAACUUACACGCAUUUUCUGAGCUUACGAAUUUUAAGAUAACUUUUUGAAUAUUUUGUAAAAUUUGUAUGUGUCUACUUAUAUAUAUAUAUGUCUACUUUCUAUGAAGUAAAUGAAAUUAUAUAAACAUGUUGCGAAAACUGGUGCCGCUGCCAUUAUCAUUGUCAGCGUCACGCGGCACCGUUGUGAGGACCUCGCCUCCGACGUGGGUCCCGGCUGCCGUCUGGUCACUCGCAACAUAUUACACACAUUCCCGAUUGUAACUUCAAAUAUAUAUUAAUUAUUAUAAAUAUAAUGAUACUCGAGAAAGUUAAUGUGAAGUAAUUAAACGUAUCAUUAUCAAAAGGACAAGAGGACUGCUCCUUGUAGUCCCGCGAGUGCUGGCCGGGACGCCGCGCCGCGUGUUGUUACAGGAAUCUUAUGAUUUAUCUAAUUAUUUGUAAGUUCCGUGAGCUCGAACUCACAGCCGAUCGUUGUGUCGCGCCGCCCUCACCUUACUGUGCAGUGUGUGUACUUAUGAGAUGUUUUGUAAUAUCUAUGAUCUAUUGUACUAUUGAAUAUAUUGAUGAUUGUGUAAUAGAUGAAUAUAUCUGUAUGGUGGGUAGAGUCGCGGCGCACCGCUAGCCGAUGUGCGGCUCACAGGAGCGAGGGGGGGCGGGGGGCACGCGGGGGCGGGGGGCGGACGGACUUCAAGACUGUUGACUUAACAAUAAAGUCCCGAGGAGUUCCAGAGACAAGUUCAUUGUAUAUUUUUUUCACUCAAAUACGCCAAUCUAUAAGUAAUGACGUAUGUUUUACAUUAAAAUCGAUUCAGUAGAAGUACACGAGUCAACAGCGGACGUUGCUCAGCGCACGUGGCACAGUGCGCACAGCGAUGACAAGUCCGUCCCUACACCCUCCGCCUGUUUCAUUAAUGUAUUUAGUUUAGUUAACUUUAGUAAUAGCAUACUUUAGAUUUAACAUGGUUUACCGAGUAAACGGACUCAUGGAUUAUACUAUUUCUAUUUAUACAUUUGGAUAAUAAUUAAUAUGAACUAGCCCAAAAAAAAUAAUACUCGUGCCUCGGUUGAGACACAACGCCAUUGAAAGGAGCGGCUACUUGCGCCAUCUUUACAUCUUAAGGUAUUUAUGGAAUUAUAACGUGCUCAAGUGAAUGUUAGCUUCGGUACAAACAAGGAGCGGUCGGGCGCGCCCUGGUGGCCGCCGGCGGCGCCCGGCCCUCGAGCGGCGCCUGCUGUCAUUGUCUACAUUCAAUGUAUUCGUGCUUUAACGGCAAUAAAAUAAUAUGAUUUGAUA